AUGGACUUUCACGAUGAUGAGAUUCUGGAUGUGGUUCCUCUAUCAGUUAUUCCCUAUGAGGCCCUUGAUUUGAACCAUCCCAUGGAUGCCUCAGCUUUUGCAUGCCCCAGUCAAGGAUAUUCUGUGAAGGGAGUCACUACUCCCCUGUCUAAAAUGUACCCCUCUCCGGAGGUUGCACAACAUAGUGAGAAGGAUGACGAUUCCUCCAGUUCUGAGAAGGACAUGGCUGCUGAAGGUUUGUGCUCUCUAGGGCAAACUGUGUCUGGUAAAGGAAAAUAUGUGGCAUCUAAAACUGCCAAUGCUUCCCAUUCUGAGAAGCAUUAUGUUGCAAACGAUGUGAUUGACCUAGAGGAUGAUAGGUCUGAUGACCAAGAGGAUAACUUACUUCAUCACUUAAAGCCAAGUGUGGCUAAGUGUAUGAAGACUCGAAAAGGAAGAUCUGUGGCUGAACAGAUGUCAUCUAAAAUAGCUAAGAAGAAUGCUGGUGUUGGUCUUUCCAAAUCAUGGAGCAAGGUUGAAGUGAAGAAGAGGAAGAAAACCACUGUGAGGAAGUCUCUUGGUAAAGUUGCUGAUGUGCAUUUGGAUAAUAUUUCUUUCCAUCUUGAGGAUGGAGCUUCCAAAUGGAAAUUUGUGAUUCAAAGAAGGGUGGCCGUGGAAAGGGAGUUAGGAAAGGAUGUUGUUGAAGUCCAGGAGGUCAUGGACCUGAUAAAGACUACUGGGUUGAUGAAGACUAUGGCUAGGUUCUCUCAGUGCUAUGAGGGUUUAGUUAAGGAAUUUAUUGUUAACAUUCUUGAGGAUAUUGCUAAUAAGAACAACAAGGAAUUUUGCAAAGUGUUUGUGAGAGGUAAGUGCAUCACUUUUUCUCCCAUUGUUAUUAACAAUUUUCUGGGAAGAAAAGUUAAGGGUGCAGGUGAAUUGGAAGCUACAGACAAUGAGGUCUGUAGAGAAAUUACAGCUAGACAGGUAAAAGGAUGGCAUAUUAAGAAGCAUCUUCCUGCUGGGAAGUUAACUGUCAAGUAUGCUAUAUUGCAUAAAAUAGGAGCUGUAAAUUGGAUUUAUGUUUGA